AUGAAUUCUGUAAACCUCAGCACAAUAGUUGAUUGGCCUUAUGUUGUUAAUAUGGUUCCUUCCUUGAGGGCCCUCGAUCUUGGGUUUUGCUCUCUUCCAACCGCAAACCAAUCACUCCCACAUAUUAACCUUACAAAACUCGAGAGGCUUGAUCUCUCCAACAACAUCUUUGCACACCCGAUGGCAAGGGGUUGGUUUUGGAAUUUGACAGGCCUCCAGCAUCUCUACCUUGCCGGAACUAAACUAUACGGUCAAGCUCCUGAUGCACUGGCACAUAUGACAUCCCUUGAAGUCAUUGAUUUUUCAUUUAAUCGUAACAUGGGGACGAUGACUACAAGCUUCAAAAACCUAUGCAGUCUGAAAAUUCUGGACCUUUCUUGGUGUCAAAUUGUUGGAAAUAUAAAGGAUAUUAUAGGGAGGAUGCCACAGUGUCCCUUGAACAAACUGCAAGUGUUGCGUUUGGGCUACAACAAUAUCAGCGGAAACAUGCCGGAUCAGACAGCACACUUGACCACCUUAGUCGUUCUUGAUAUCUCUGUGAACAACCUAAAUGGAGGCAUACCGCACGGGGUGGGGCUGCUCUCUGGUUUAAGCAGACUUGAUCUCUCUUCCAACAAUCUCAGUGUACCUGUGCCAUCUGAGAUCGGCAUGCUCGGCAAGUUGACCAUGAUAAAUCUUGAAGGCAACAACUUGACUGGUGAUUUCACUGAAGAACAUUUUGCAAGUCUAACGAAGUUAAAGUCGCUGUAUUUAAGUGGGAAUUCCUUGAGGAUUACAGUUGAUCCCGAUUGGAUACCACCCUUCAGUUUAGAAGAAGUAGAACUUUCCUCUUGCCAAUUAGGCCCUUCAUUUCCUGCAUGGCUUCAGUUCCAAGUGGAUGCUCUCCGGGUGGAGUUAUCAAGCACAGGUAUAGUUGAUAGGCUUCCUGACUGGUUCGACACUACAUUUGCAAAGGUCACAUAUCUGCACAUCUCCAACAAUGAAAUCAGUGGUAGGUUGCCACGAAACAUGGAAUGCAUGUCGCUGCAAUUUUUCUUUAUCAAUUCAAAUAAACUAACUGGUGAAAUCCCCAACUUACCAAGAAAUAUUACCUUCUUGGACAUGUCCGAAAACUCAUUAACAGGAAAUUUGCCAUCAAACAUUGGGACUCCGGGUUUGAUUUCAUUGGUGCUGAUCUCCAAUCAAAUAACUGGUCAUAUUCCCGAAUCUCUCUGCAAAGCGGAAGCCUUGUAUGCCUUGGACUUAAGCAACAAUCUUCUUGAGGGACAACUUCCUCAGUGUUUUGGAGUGAAGAACAUUUCCUUUCUCAUGUUGAGUAACAAUAGAUUCUAUGGCAACUUCCCAUCGUUUCUAAAAUAUUGGAGAAAACUGACGUUUCUUGAUCUAUCACGCAAUAGUUUUUCCGGAAGGUUGCCAUUGUGGAUUGGAGAUUUGAGUGCAUUACGAUUUCUGCGGCUAAACCAGAAUAUGUUUUCCGGAGAAAUCCCACCUACCAUCUCAGAUCUUAGUCGCCUUCACCAUUUGAACCUAGCAGGCAAUGGAGUAUCUAACCAAAAACUACCACAAUUCGCGGAAACGUGA